AUGAAGUUCACCACGAUAGCUUCUGCACUUAUGCUGGCGCUGAGAGCCACGCCAACAAAUGCGAGAUACCAGAACUGCUCUGCCUCUCAUCAAAAAAGCUUAGAUACAGCGCUGGCAGACGGGAUCAAAAUUACAGACCUGGUGAUCGCCGCACUCGAGAAGACAAUCUGCUCCAGCGAUACCAGUACGACAAAAUACCCGAGCGAAGCCUGGGAACUGCCGUUGCAAGACUCAGAGUUCAAGGCUCUCAGGCCUGCGCAUAUUGCUGCCUUGAUUGAACGGUGGUUUGGCGCAAUGACGCUGCAGAGCACUUCGGAUGGGCUUGACAACAUGACCGCGCUGGUCGAGCAAAACAAGCAUAUCAACGAGCUGUUGCGAGAGGAGAACACGCUUUAUGCCUGUGUCUCCCAAGCAGCAUGCGGUGCUGACUUCAGGGAUCUUUACGGCGGUGGCAGCGUGGCUGCCUACGUCGAUACGAAUUUCGAUGCCGAGAAGGAGGUUUUCCAUGUCGACAAGCAAGCUCCACGCAUCAUAUUCUGCGAAGCCUUUUUCACCAAACUCGGAACCUGGCGAGGAUUGAAGUCGCAGUGGUCAGGGCGAUGGGAACGUGUCCGUCACGGCAGACUUACUACUGCAGCCGCAGUGAUACACGAAUCAGCGCAUGUCAUCGUCUCAGCAGGCCAAAAGAUAGAUAAUUACGCCCUCUUCGCCAUCGAGCUGGCUUUGGCAUCUUUAUUCGACGAAUUGCCCGAGCCCGCGGCAAUGGAUCUGGCCAGGCUUCCGCUGCCUAUUAGGCAGCGGCUCGCGAACCACACUUUGAAUGAGACGUCGCUGACCCCGAAAUACGUGGCGGAUUUCUUGAAGUCUGGUAUGAAUGAAACGUGGAAGUCGGAAGUCGAGGGGCUGAAUCGGGAAGACGAUGAUUUUCCUGUUAGUACUGUCGAUGGAACAUGCAGCACCAGCACUGAAGCUGAGUGUGUGACUGCUACCGUUUCGUCUUGA